CAGGACCAGGCUUCAAAGGACAAACCAACAUGCCAAGGUCGAAGACAUUGCCUUGCUCGGUUUAGGCUCUGACUACCCUUGGAGAACUCACCCUGUUAAAGUUGAUCCCAACAAUGUUACUACGGUUGAAAGGGAAUUGGUCAGAAUUGUCGUUCCCUCUCACUAUAGAGAACUCUUUGUAUCUGAACCCCAAAAGGAACGUGUCGUUGAUGUCAUUUCCGACUUGGCCACUUUUGGAUGUCGUGCACAUGUCCUCACAGGUGGCAGGUGGGAAAGACAGGAAUGGCAGAAACAAAGUUCAAGUUUGGUAGGAUGGCUUAAGCUCACCAAAAAAGAUGCGGAAACCCUCCUGGAAAAAUCAGGGAAAAAAGGUAUUUUUAUCAAUAAGAAUAUUGAUACCUCUAAGGAACGUCCGCAUUUUGUGUGGACCAAACACGAAAAAGAUGAAACCGAUGAAGCAUACUACCAGAGAUGCCUUCGUCUUUCAGGCGAGAGAGGCCAGCCGAUGUGCUUACGGAAAGGGUUGGGAAAUGACAUUGGUUUCACAAAGAAAUCAGAUGAAGACAUCGAAAAGAAACCCAAACGAAUUCAGAUUUCUGGAGUUCCCAGGGACUGGAUGGCGGAAGAACUGGUUGAUUUCCUCAAACAACAAGGAUGGACCCAAAUGACUAUUCACAAUAGAAGAAGGGUCAACAAGAAAAUUUUUUGGAACGCCUGUGGAAUGCCUCCUGUUGCAUACCCAUACGACCAGGGUCUUUGGGUGUAUGAAGGUGCCACUGUGUUUACCAUAAUAGUCAACGACUCGGUCCAUAAACCUGCAGCGCCAAACAGCACCACUGCAGUCAGAGGACCAAGGAAGACAUGGGAUGAAAUUAAGGAUCAGCCUCCACAGACGGCCAACACGCGGGGGCGCCCCGCGAAGAGGCAGGCCAAAGAACCCGAUGAGCGACAUCGGUCCAGAUCUGCCGCUGAGAAGCCCGAAAAGGGCGAUGAAAAUAAGGACCCAAUGGAAGUCGAAAAAACGCAGUUGGACUCUCAGACUCAGCCUGAAGCGAUUGACAAGCAGAGUUCAAAGCCAACCUCGCAGUCUCUUGGUAAUUUGACGGAUGCCUUAACCCAAAACUGGACGCUGGCCGAUCAAGGUGGAUGCGGUGACUGUGGGUACCGGGCAUUAAUAGACAACUUUCAUUAUCAAACCACUGGUGAGACUCUUUCCAAAGAAGAAUGCAUCAAAAAUGCCAAUCUAUUUCGUACGGAAGUGGUACGACAUGUUCGCAAACAUCAAGAUAGGUACGAAAACCAUGUCAGAGGUGGGAAAGAGGCCUUUCCUGCCUUUUGUGACAAUGCGUUGAAGCAAACUCACUGGAUAUGUGGACUGCUGCUGCAAGCAGCAGCAGAGGUGAAAUCAUGCUGCAUAGUGGUGUGGAAUCAAAAAGAUGAAGUUCUGGAAAGAUUCACUUUCGCUCCUGAGUGGAGUCCACAGGGGAUGCCCAGAAUGAAAAAAGAAGCACCAAUCCUGGUGGUGUACAGAAACGACAAACAUUAUCAAUCCGUCCGACCACCCCAGGAUCAGGACGGCAUGACUAAGGUGCCCAAACACUGGGCGCGAGAGACAGCCAAACCCGAGGCCGAAGCACUUGGAGGCGCUGGACCAAGCGUUGGAGAAUCGCCUAAAACCCUGCACACGCUCUCCCCUGGCUCUUCCCAUGCUCCUUCGCUCCAUACUCUCCCCGCCUCCUCCUUUCGCGGAUCCUCGGGUGGGGGUGUGAUGAUCACGCGCGCGCCGUCCCUGCACUCCUUGGUUCCUUCCGCGUCUUCUCCUCCGCGUCUGCGCGCGGUUGUGCACGGCCAUGCGGCGGGUGGUGGUUCUUCGGGUGCCCUUGCGCGACCCCAUCCUCCGCGCUCCCCCUCUCUUCUUACCUUGGCUGCCUCCCCUCACUCCUGCGAACCUCCGCGUGCUGCCAUCAAAUCCCAGCAGUUGCAGCAUCCGAGUGAAACGGUUGCAAGACCAUUCAAAAGAUGCAGGUUCAAGCAAAGCAGUUGUGACUCAAGGAUUGAAGACAUGAAGUUUCUUGCACCCUCUGAGAACGAUAAAGCUUCGGUUUUAUCUUUAACCUCAGAAACUCACCUCAAUUUGACAGACAACCUGACCAAGGACCGGUCGGGUACUAAGGACAAAGGCGCAGUCAAAAAUGACAACACAGAAUGCGACUUUCGCCCUGACACUGCUCCAUAUCCUCGACACCUCAAGCGGCUGGAUGCUAAGACGCUUGCCAAACCGCAAGGACCUCAGGUAUGGGUUUGUCCGCUGCCUGACUGCCGGCAUGAAAUCAGAAUUCCUGCAGGUUUGCAAGCGAGAGCCAAGCUUCAAGCUGCAAAAAGUUCACACCUGAAAAAUAGACAUACAGAUUCCGAAAGAGCUGAAUGCCCGCGACUCGGUGCUCAAACUCAGAUCACAGUCCCGACCUCGGAACUUCCUGAAAGUGGCAGAGCCUGGAGUUGCCCAGAAUGCGGGAAAGGACUCCCACUGUUGCCAAAAGUUUGGCACGAAGCUAGUGUCCGCAAACAUUUUGCCGAGGCACACCCUGACACAAAUCCAACUCAGGCGUACAGGAAGAAACAAAGAACUGACAAAGGCCUUCGAGCUCGUAUGAAACUGCGAGGCAGACAUAUAGGUCAGCUCAAACAACAGAAGGUCGCUGACAACCUGAAAGUUUGGGCUCCGCAAACGGGGCAUGAUGUUCGCCAAAUUCUUCUCAAACAUAACCCCAAAGAAGAGAGACGCAAACUUGAUUUGACGUCCGUGCUUGUUUGUGCCAAAUGCGGACGAAAAGGGACACCAUGUAGAUUCAAAACCACCGCAUGCACUGAUGAAACUCAACCUAUCCCGACUCAAUUGCUGGGUUGGAUCCGAAACAUGGCUUUGCGACACCCUGCGAACCAAGGUGCCAUCAGAAACGGACUUGGUAUGACUGAAGCCGAGGUUGCAAAUGCAAACUUCCAAACCAAAAAAAGAGUCAACGGUAAAGGGCCAGCCAAGUGGCUUAGCGGUCCGUUUGCCACCACUUUUCAGGCGGCGCAAGCUGCAGGGCACUUAGUUACUGAGGUCCUUCCGCCGGAUGCCAUGCGCCACCCGGACUCCACUGCUAAAAACAUGGGGAAGACUCUGCAGCAGGGGGAGGAGCUUUUUGCCUCCCAAUCCUCCAACAAGCGCAGCCGUAGAGCCAAAGAACAUGACCAUAAUGAUAAGGUUGCUGUGAGAAUUGGUGAAGCGUCCCAUCCAGGACCAAGAUCACGAAAAUUGCGCAACUUGGAUCAACAUGUGUCAGUUUGGACAUGCAACACUCAAGGACCCAAACAAUCGUGGACCUUACAACAGCUGCUCCAAACCCAGGAGCAGGCACCUCAGAUUGUGCUGCUUCAGGAAUGCUCUUUUAGCCAGGCUGAAUGGACCACAUUUCAAAAAACUUGUUGGUCUGUGGGGUACAGAAGUUUUUUCUCCGGUGCGCAAAGCACCGUCAAUCGACACUACGGAGGAGCUGCAGUCUUGGUUAAAUCUUCACUACCUUGUAGACCGGCCUGGUCACACACUCACAAAGGAGGUAGUGCCCAAGCUGUGUGGGUGGGAUCAACUCUGGUCAUCUCCACUUACAUGGCUCCUAACAGUGAUGCAGAAACCGUGAGUGCAGCUGUGGCUCAAACUGUCCACUCUCUCGCUCCAAGACAUCGUUUUAUUUUGGGGGGGGAUUACAAUGCCACACCCGAAGAGAAUCCCUUUCUUCAUUUCUUGAUUCCUAGGGAAUUUCGUAUUCAUGCCACUCAAACCCCAACGCGGUGGCAAGGAAACCGCGAUAUUGACUACUAUAUCAGUAACCUUGAGCCCACUGAGGUCGAAACGCUUCCUGAUGUUGUAGCCGACCACAAAAUUGUCAAAACUUUUUUCGAUUUAUCUACCGAACCUGUUUUAGGUUUCCAACAAGCCAACAUUCCUAGAAUCCUCCCGAAGGACCCGGAAGUUGCUGAACGAAUCCAAAUCAAAUUGGCUCAGCUCUGGCCGCAGUUUUCCACACAACUUCCAGAGCGAUGGUCAGUCAAUCGAGUGUCUCCGGCCUUACUGAGGAAAGGAAAGGCCACUGAGGUCUCUCUUAAACAGAAAGAACACAUGAAACGACAUCCUGCUGGAGCUAUGGCUACUCACCGCCAAAGAGUUCUGCGCAGAUUGAUUGGAAGCUGGCCAAGCCUCACACCGGAACAACUCCGUUCUGCCACCAAGUGUAGCCGCGGCAGUGCGCCGGGGCUUGACGGCUGGAGAGCUGAGGAACUUAGUUUGUUCAGUGACGAAAUGUGGCAGGUCAUGUCCGGGUUCUAUGAUCAUUGUGAAGAGCUCGGAAACAUUCCUACCAUAUGGCGAUGUGUUCGCCAAGUGCAUAUCCCGAAAGGGAAACCACCUGAAGCUGACGGCAGCAUGCUGGCGGACAACAUGCGUCCCAUAGCUGAUGCCGGCUGUCCUCCAGAAACAGUUUCCACUUCCAUCACCUUGUUGGGAUUCCAGUUCAUGGGAGUGACCCAAAGAAAAGCCAAAGACCGAGAACUGACAAGACUCACUGAGGCCAAAGAAGUUCUUCGAAAAUGUAGGUUGCUUCUUGAAACCUACUUAGGUACCCGUCUCAUUUUCUUAGGGUGGUGUCGCAGCGCUCUGGCGCUGCCUCCCUGUGCUGUUCUUGCGCUGCUGCCGGCGCGUUCUUCGACCAGUACAGGCAAAACUUUCUUAUCUGGUUUUGUUUGGCUUGGCAUCACACUGAGCAGGACCAGGCUUCAAAGGACAAACCAACAUGCCAAGGUCGAAGACAUUGCCUUGCUCGGUUUAGGCGAGAGAGGCCAGCCGAUGUGCUUACGGAAAGGGUUGGGAAAUGACAUUGGUUUCACAAAGAAAUCAGAUGAAGACAUCGAAAAGAAACCCAAACGAAUUCAGAUUUCUGGAGUUCCCAGGGACUGGAUGGCGGAAGAACUGGUUGAUUUCCUCAAACAACAAGGACCAAGGAAGACAUGGGAUGAAAUUAAGGAUCAGCCUCCACAGACGGCCAACACGCGGGGGCGCCCCGCGAAGAGGCAGGCCAAAGAACCCGAUGAGCGACAUCGGUCCAGAUCUGCCGCUGAGAAGCCCGAAAAGGGCGAUGAAAAUAAGGACCCAAUGGAAGUCGAAAAAACGCAGUUGGACUCUCAGACUCAGCCUGAAGCGAUUGACAAGCAGAGUUCAAAGCCAACCUCGCAGUCUCUUGGUAAUUUGACGGAUGCCUUAACCCAAAACUGGACGCUGGCCGAUCAAGGUGGAUGCGGUGACUGUGGGUACCGGGCAUUAAUAGACAACUUUCAUUAUCAAACCACUGGUGAGACUCUUUCCAAAGAAGAAUGCAUCAAAAAUGCCAAUCUAUUUCGUACGGAAGUGGUACGACAUGUUCGCAAACAUCAAGAUAGGUACGAAAACCAUGUCAGAGGUGGGAAAGAGGCCUUUCCUGCCUUUUGUGACAAUGCGUUGAAGCAAACUCACUGGAUAUGUGGACUGCUGCUGCAAGCAGCAGCAGAGGUGAAAUCAUGCUGCAUAGUGGUGUGGAAUCAAAAAGAUGAAGUUCUGGAAAGAUUCACUUUCGCUCCUGAGUGGAGUCCACAGGGGAUGCCCAGAAUGAAAAAAGAAGCACCAAUCCUGGUGGUGUACAGAAACGACAAACAUUAUCAAUCCGUCCGACCACCCCAGGAUCAGGACGGCAUGACUAAGGUGCCCAAACACUGGGCGCGAGAGACAGCCAAACCCGAGGCCGAAGCACUUGGAGGCGCUGGACCAAGCGUUGGAGAAUCGCCUAAAACCCUGCACACGCUCUCCCCUGGCUCUUCCCAUGCUCCUUCGCUCCAUACUCUCCCCGCCUCCUCCUUUCGCGGAUCCUCGGGUGGGGGUGUGAUGAUCACGCGCGCGCCGUCCCUGCACUCCUUGGUUCCUUCCGCGUCUUCUCCUCCGCGUCUGCGCGCGGUUGUGCACGGCCAUGCGGCGGGUGGUGGUUCUUCGGGUGCCCUUGCGCGACCCCAUCCUCCGCGCUCCCCCUCUCUUCUUACCUUGGCUGCCUCCCCUCACUCCUGCGAACCUCCGCGUGCUGCCAUCAAAUCCCAGCAGUUGCAGCAUCCGAGUGAAACGGUUGCAAGACCAUUCAAAAGAUGCAGGUUCAAGCAAAGCAGUUGUGACUCAAGGAUUGAAGACAUGAAGUUCCUUGCACCCUCUGAGAACGAUAAAGCUUCGGUUUUAUCUUUAACCUCAGAAACUCACCUCAAUUUGACAGACAACCUGACCAAGGACCGGUCGGGUACUAAGGACAAAGGCGCAGUCAAAAAUGACAACACAGAAUGCGACUUUCGCCCUGACACUGCUCCAUAUCCUCGACACCUCAAGCGGCUGGAUGCUAAAUCACAGUCCCGACCUCGGAACUUCCUGAAAGUGGCAGAGCCUGGAGUUGCCCAGAAUGCGGGAAAGGCGGCGCAAGCUGCAGGGCACUUAGUUACUGAGGUCCUUCCGCCGGAUGCCAUGCGAAACCGCGAUAUUGACUACUAUAUCAGUAACCUUGAGCCCACUGAGGUCGAAACGCUUCCUGAUGUUGACUGGCAGAUGCUUUCGCAAACUUUUUUUCAAGCCCUAGUUUGUGCAGUCAGGGCUGCUGCCCCUGACAUGCUGCAGCGAGUGUCUCCGGCCUUACUGAGGAUUCUCAGGGAAUUUUGGGCCGAUAUUUGGAAUAGACGUCAAAUCUCUUGGGAUGAUAUUUGGGAUGAUUUGGUUACUCACACUCCACCACGCCCUGCUCCUGACAGCUGGCCAAGCCUCACACCGGAACAACUCCGUUCUGCCACCAAGUGUAGCCGCGGCAGUGCGCCGGGGCUUGACGGCUGGAGAGCUGAGGAACUUAGUUUGUUCAGUGACGAAAUGUGGCAGGAUGCCGGCUGUCCUCCAGAAACAGUUUCCACUUCCAUCACCUUGUUGGGAUUCCAGUUCAUGGGAGUGACCCAAAGAAAAGCCAAAGACCGAGAACUGACAAGACUCACUGAGGCCAAAGAAGUUCUUCGAAAAUGUAG